CUCCCAUCCAGAGAGCUCCGGACCUAACUUUUUAUGAUGGUCUCUACAUGUAGAAGCUGGUUAUAGCAUGAGCGCUCAAGCUCACUUGUCUACCUGUGAGCAUCAACUAGCCUUCCUCAUCUUGAAGAGAUGUAAAGCUAAGCUGAAUAGAGCUAGGCUUAGACUGAAGCAGAUGCUCUGCCAUGUUCAACUGCUACAGCCUCUACAGAGACACCAGUCUGCAGUGAUGUGUCCUCAGUAGUGGAAACAGCCAUGUCGACAGUCACUGAAACAAACGUGAAGUGUUCCGAACAGCUAAUACUUCCGCAUGUAGGACACAAGCCAUCCGCAGAGGGCUCCCCAUCUGACAACUGUAAGACCUUGGCUUGCUGGGAUGUAAACGUGGCCUUGGUGCUUGUGGUUCUUGCCGGGUUCCUCAUCUUGGUUCUGUUUUACUGUGUCUUUCUCCUGCGGCACAAACUGCAUUUGGCUCAGGCAGGAAAUUCUUUGGAGUACUUUGGCUUCUACCACAUGGCAAACUACACCUUGAAACACCCACAUGAACCCCCAGGUUUAUCUUUAGUGAAUUCCUCUCCCCCUGUGGAGGCACUAUCAUCUUCUCCACCUCCAACUGUGGUUUCAAGUCAACCAGUCAUCCCUCCAUUCCUUCCUCCACCACCGCCACCUUCAUCUCGACCUCCCUCCAUUCUACCUCUGCCGCACCCCAUCAUCUACACUACCCCACCUAGCCCUCAGUCUGACGCAGAGGUAUAUUCCCGCAUUGGCACUGUGCGGCUCUCCAGGCACUCGAACGUGAGUCAGACGCAGGUGGUUCUCUUUGAACACUCGUCCCUGUGACCCUUCGUAGAGAAACUCUGCCCCACUGUCUCUUCCAUCACAGAGUUUGCUAAGAGACUGCCUUUCACAGUCCAGUCAUUCAGGCAACUUUUAAGUCAUAUGUUUGUUUGUUUUUAUUUUUGGAAACUUGCAUAUCCUUGGCCUGUGGUACUACUGUAUCAUCCGUCUUCUCUUCUUUUUUUUUUUUUUUUUGUAGAUUUGCACUAAAGCCAUGUAGGUUGUAACAAAUAAAGGACACUUAUAGCCUCCAGUUUAACACCGCAUCACACACUCACCUCAAACAGUGCUAAGACAUAA